UGACAGGACUUAUCCCUGCAGAAACGAGUGAAGGAUGGUUAGAGGAAGGUGAGCCAGUAGUGAGGAGCGAGUAGUUUCCACAGUGUUUUCCAGCUGAUCAAAGAUACUCGCGUGACCGCUCCUACUUAGGAUUCCUGUAGAAUAGCGAGACACGUGUUGUAGACCGAGAAAUAAACUCCAGUAGCUACUAAUUCAUUUUUAGUCUGCUUUCUUCUACUUCUUUUUUUAACCAAACGCGCAAAACGCUUUAAAUGCAACGCUGUCUGAUCUAUGAGAAAGCCAUGGCAGCCAACACGAAGAACGGCGGGAGUUCGCUCAACAACAAUAACUGCAAAGACCACAGCAGGAGGAAGCUGCUGGUCGGAGUGGAUCUGUUCUGCCUGUUUUUAGCCGGCCUGCCUUUUUUGGUCAUUGAGACCAGCGCAGUUCAGCCUUACCAUAGAGGGUUUUACUGCGACGAUGAGUCCAUCAAGUAUCCGGCCAAAAACGGAGACACCAUUAGCGACGGUGUGCUUACCGCUGCUGGCAUUCUAAUCACCAUCCUCUCUAUUAUAAUUGGUGAGAGCUACAGGAUCUACUUUUUGAAUGAAGGCUCCAAGUCUUUUGUGGGGAACCCGUACAUUUCUGCUCUGUACAAGCAGGUCGGGGUGUUCAUCUUCGGCUGUGCAGUCAGCCAGUCCUUCACCGAUAUCGCCAAAGUGUCAGUGGGCCGUCUGCGUCCUCACUUUCUUGACGUGUGCGAUCCUGACUUCUCCACAAUCAACUGCUCUCUGGGCUACAUCACUGACUACCAGUGUCGGGGCCCGGAGAGCAAAGUUCAAGAGGCCAGGAGGUCUUUCUUCUCUGGACAUGCAUCCUUCUCCAUGUACACGAUGCUUUAUUUGGUGUUUUACCUCCAGUCUCGCUUUACUUGGCACGGAGCCCGUCUUCUUCGCCCUUUAACCCAGUUCACCCUCAUCAUGAUGUCUUUCUACACCGGCUUGUCCCGCGUGUCUGAUCACAAGCACCACCCCACUGACGUGCUGGCUGGUUUCGUACAAGGAGCCCUGGUGGCUUACUGCAUAGUCUUCUUUGUGUCAGACUUGUUCAAGCCCAAAGGAAGACGCUCUACUUUGUCUUCAACCCCUCUGAAGAAAGAACUUGUUCCCGCCGUAGACAUCAGAGAGCGGAGCAACCACCUCAUCAUAGCAUAGAGAAGGCUGCAGAGUGACUGUAUAUAACCCUGACCUGUGCCUUUUUCUUUUUUCUUUUUAAAUCCUCACUACUACAGCCACUAGUCAAUACUGGAUAAUGGAAACUUCAAAGAUCUGGAAAAUGCAGACAGAUACGGAGUCUUGAACAUCUCACUGGAUGAGAAGACGCUGCAGAAAACCAGUUAAGCAACUUAAGCGUUCUGGAUGGAAAUUUGUCUUUAUUUCCCCUCCGAUUCACCAGACAAUCUCAGAGUGGAAAAGAGAGCUGAACUCCUUUUGAUUGAGAGAGCCUUGUCCCUGUUUUCUCUUAUGAAGAUUGCUGGAGGUGGCCCACUGUCAGCUUAGAAAUGGCAGCUGUAAACAAAGCUGUGUGCGGCUUUCUUGCCUCGGCUGCAUCUAUGAGUGCCGGGUGACACUCUACUCCUGCCACUUGCUCACUGUGUGACCUGUCCUAACAAACCAUGACAACCAAACAAAUUCCUUAAUUUCAGGAAGGAUGUUGUUUUCGUUUGGUUUGAUUGCAACAUAAGCAGUGUGUAUGAUUUAUAGCACUAAACUCAGUAUUCUUUGUCACCACUUGAAUGACAUGAAGUGAAGCUUUUGGAAAGCUUUGUAAGCCGUCGGGUUUUU